AUGUCUCUCCCAAACCCCGUCCCCAUCGCCCUCUGCGGCAAGAGCCAAACAAUGGCCACCAAUUUCAGCGACGCCCUACUGCCCCAAGGCUACAAGGUCGUGCACACCUGCAACGACCUCUCCACCGCAAAAUCCACUUUACCUUCUGUGCUCUCUUCCUCCACUGGCCCCGUUGCCGUCGUAAUCGGCAAAGGCUUUUACGAAUCCGAGAUGCAGGAAAUCAUCCAACAUUGCAAUAGCGAAAAGGGCUCUGCAAAGACGGUGUGGUUGCUUCCUGAUGAUGACAAGUUUACGGCGUUCAUGAAGGUCAAGGCUGUGGCGAGUGCGGGAACCAUGUUGCCCGGUAUGAUUGCUGAGAGAGCGGCGGAGGCGUUGAAGGAGAAUGGUGUUGUGGGAGGUGGUAGUCUUGAGGGUGUUAAGAGUGGUGUUCAUGGAUUUUAG